ACAUUUAAGGCCGACGCGGUCGACGGGUAGCUUGGCGGGACAGUUCGACAGCUCAGCUUUCGUCUGUCCACUAGUAGAAUUGACUAGAGAUGCUCACAGCAUCCUUCUGAACACAUCAGGCUAAAUUACUCACGAUUCGCAACAAACACAAGAUAAAUUGACGAUGCAACGAGUGGAUCCCCGCAGUGAAGAGGGAGACGGGGCGGGACAGAAGACUGGGGCUGGCACGACGACAACGGCAACGAACAAUGCGGUACCAUUCACGGGAGAUCCACAAGACUCCUUCAAUAGCAGCAAUGGCUAUCAUGGUAGCCUUUUCGAAACACCGCAGUCGCUCCUCGCCUCUCCACAGUAUGACAUGUUCUCAUCGCCGUUUCGAUCAUCCCAACGUUGCUCGAUCUGUCAGAAAGACAUCCAAGGGCAGCAUCGACAAUUCUCUUGCUCACACAAAAUUUGUGGACAAUGCUGUUCCCUAACAGAUAGCCGCAAGUGCCUGAUUUGCUUUGCAAAUGCAGGCGCUUCACCAUUUCCACCUUAUAUGUUCCUAUCUCCACCACAUGCCGAUCACUCAAAUGAGCUGUUGGAGAAUGCGCUCUCAAUGCACAAAGCCUCGAUCGGCUCCUAUCAGAACGGCUUAACAGAUGCUAUUCAGAACAUGAGCCUUGGCCUCGGCGAACUCUCCGCCCCGCUAGAAACAUUUAAUCUUUGGGACAAUCGCUCUAAACUCUCAACACCAACGCGAGGCGGCUCCACAUCGAAGGGUAUCGUACUACCAGAGACUCCUCUUCGACCGGACGAUGACCAUCCGCCUGUAUUUUCGCCUAACCCACCACUUGUAAACCCAUCUGCUGUGACUUCACCUCUUCCUACAAGCAAUGCGCUCAAUGUCACGACACCACAACGUCCAUUGAUGCCAACAUGUGCAACAUGUGGCGUAAAUGCGAGAGCUGAAGCCUUCUGUGCAAACUGUCGAGAGCUACUUUGCGCAGUUUGCGUUGUAGCCCAUCAAAGAGUUCGCGUCACACGCGACCAUGUUGUCAUCUCGCUCCAGCAGUUACUUUGUCAUAUGACUGCCAACGCUUUUGCUGCUGGAGACGACGGGGUCAUCGGAGAAUCGUCGGAUUCAUCUCCGAGAGCAUCGUCUGUUUGUUCGACACAUGAUGCGAAAGUAUUCUGCGUCUGCGAAACUUGUGGAAGAGUGUCCCUUUGUGCGCAUUGCAUCUCUCUACACGCCACACAUCAUAUAUCACCUCUAGGUGACGCACGUGCUUGCAUAAAUUCACUUUUGGCGGAGUCUCGGCGUAAUGAGCGUAGCAUUGAGGAGGCAAUCGAGAGCGUGCGCGCAAUGUCUGAACGGGUUGAUGCAAGCGUGCAGGCUGCUGCAUCCGAACUCAGAUCCCUCAUGCACCUGCAUAUGAGUGCAUUGGAGGAGAGGAAACGAGAAUUACUCCAAAGAGUUGACACUAUCAGACAGACGAAGACGAAGAAUCUGAAAGCUCAAGCAGAAAAUCUGGCCCACGCAAAGACGAGAUUUGCGCAGACAAUCAAAUCUGUUGAGGCAGCUGCAGCUGAUGAAGACGCUGGUCACCUUGUUCCAGCUUUUCAGGAGUUGCUCCAGUUGUACACUCAGCCGAUUCACCUAAUUCCACAUGAAAAUGAUGUCGUAAAGUUUACUGUGCCAGAUAAUCAGCUGCUGCAACAGAUUCGCUCAUUGGGUGAAUUGGAAAGUGGACCUUGUGCACGUCUUUGUCAUCUUGUUGGAGAAGGUUACAAGAGGCCCAUACGUGAACGCCAGUGCAUCAUCUAUGUGCAGCUGCGAGAUGCUUGUGGAGAAGUUGUGCCAACCGACCGUGCUGAUGGUGGUGUACGGGAUGUUACCGCUACCAUUGUCGCUCCUGAUGGACGCAGUCUUGAAGUACAUAUAGGCCGUAGUGAGAGUGAACCUGGCGUUGUCGGAAUCGCAUAUUUUCCAGUACUGGAUGGACAGCACCAGCUAGAUAUUCGCGUCCGCGGUGUGUCCAUAAGUGGCUGCCCAGUGGCUGUGGAAGUACGUCACGGUCGAAACUAUGCAGAAAUUGCAGCACAGGGAGAGCUGUUCUCGUUCGGAAAAGAAGGGUCUGCCGAUGGCGAGCUUUGUCGUCCUUGGGGAAUCUGUGUUGACCUACGUGGUCGCGUUUUAGUAGCUGACAGAAGCAACAAUCGCAUCCAGAUAUUCGAUCGUGAUGGUGGUUUUCUUGCAAAAUUCGGAUGCGGUGGAACCCGUCCUGGACAGUUUGAUCGCCCUGCUGGAAUCACCGUCAAUACAAGGAAUAACAUAAUCGUGGCGGAUAAGGACAAUCACAGGAUACAAGUUUUCGAUGAAAAUGGGAACUUUUUAUUGAAAUUUGGUGAAAGAGGCAGACCAAUUGGAAUGUUCAAUUAUCCAUGGGGAGUGGCAACAAAUAGUCAGAACCAUAUAGCAGUAUCAGAUACGAGAAAUCAUCGCGUACAAAUUUUCAACGAAAAUGGCCAGUUUAUUCGAAAAUGUGGAUUCGAUACCGCCUUUUUCUACAAGCAUCUUGAUUCGCCGCGAGGCGUUUGCUACUUAUCUGAUGGUCAACUGCUCAUCACUGACUUCAACAAUCAUCGCCUGGCGGUGCUUUCCUCACGUGAUACUCCUGAGAUGAAGGUGUACGGUAGUGAGGGUAGUGUUGAAGGAAUGUUCUGUCGUCCUCAGGGAGUAAAGGUUGAUCCGGAAGGUCAUAUACUCAUCUGUGAUUCGCGAAAUAAUCGUAUACAGGUAUUUUCUGGGGACGACAUGCGAUGCAUCGCAGUAUUUGGUCAGUCAUCGUCCUCUGGAUUUGAAAUGCCGGCAGAAUUGCCAGCACCGUUCCGUUCGCUCCCAGUGCUCAGCGCCGCGGUUUUGUACAUUAGAUUGCGAGGCCUCGCCCCCAUUUCCGUCGAGUCUAACUAG